AUGGCAGACAAGGACAGUGUGGAAAAAUACCUGGAGAAUAACCCACAGUUUGCAAAAGAGUAUUUCGAUAAGAAGAUGAGGCCUGAAGUCAUCACUGCUGCUUUCACAGAGAAGCUUGAGAUCAAAGAUCCAUCCUCCUACAAAGAUGUCUCACAGAUCCAGGAGGCUGAGAUCAUAUUUGAUCUGGUCUUGGAAUUACAGAGCGAAUCAGUCAUGGAGAACAGCAUGCACAAGGUUCUCCAGAGAAUAUGUAUGCUGGUGAACGCAGAUCGAUGCAGCUACUUUAUAUCUCGAGCGAGGAAUGGAAUCCCAGAGCUUGCCACGUGUCUUUUUGAUGUUACUCCUACCUCCACAUUUGAGAGCAAUUUGGUCAACCCAUUUUCUGAAAUUGUGUUCCCCACUGACAUCGGCAUAGUUGGGCAAAUAGCCACAAGCAAAAAGGGAGUUAACGUUCCUGAUGUGAAGCAGAACCCCAAGUUCAGUGACUUUGUAGACAACCAGACAGGAUACACCACCAAAAACAUGAUGGCUGCUCCCAUUGUGAGUGGAAAGGAUCUGCUGGGGGUCAUCAUGGCAUUAAACAAAGUUGGAGCAACAGAAUUCUCCAAAGCAGAUGAAAAUCUCUUCAACAAGUACGUAAAUUUUGCCUCAAUCAUCGCUCUUCAGCAUUACACCAAUUAUAUGUGGAACGUAGAAUCCAGAAGAAGUCAGGUUCUUCUUUGGUCUGCCAGCAAAGUAUUUGAAGAGUUGACGGACAUUGAGAGACAGUUUCACAAAGUUUUGUACACUGUGAGAACCUACCUCCAGUGUGAGAGGUACUCUGUAGGGUUACUGGACAUGACCAAAGAGAAGGAAUUCUAUGAUGAGUGGCCGAUUAAACUGGGAGACGUGGAACCGUACAAGGGCCCCAAGACACCUGAUGGCAGGGAAAUCAACUUCUACAAAAUCAUUGAUUAUCUUUUAGAAGCGAAGGAAGAAAUCAAAGUCAUACCGGGACCGCCUGCAGAUCACUGGGCCCUUGUUAGUGGACUCCCCACUUAUGUAGCUGAAAAUGGCUUUAUUUGUAACAUGAUGAAUGUUGCUGCGGAUGAGUACUUCACAUUCCAGAAAACAGCGGUGGAUGAGAGAGGCUUUGUCAUCAAGAACGUCUUGUCUCUUCCAAUUGUCAACAAAAAAGAGGAAAUCGUAGGCAUUGCCACUUUCUUCAAUCGAAAAGAUGGCAAGCCAUUUGAUGAGCAAGAUGAGCAGAUAACUGAGGCCCUCACACAAUUCCUGGGAUGGUCUGUGCUCAGCUGUGACACUUACGAUAAGCUGAACAGAACGGAGUGGAAGAAGGAGAUUGCUCAGGAGAUGGUUAUAUAUCAAACAAGAGCAACCCAUAAUGAGGUCCAGCAGAUCCUGAGCACAAGGGAGAAGUUCGACAAAGAACCAGAGGAUUGUGAUCAAAAAGAAAUGUACAAACUCUUGAGGGCAAAUAUUCCUGAAGCCAAGGAUGUUGAAUUGCUGGAGUUCCACUUCAGUGACUUUCCUCUGUCUGAAGUCGACCUUAUCAAGUGCGGUAUACGCUGCUUCUUUGAGCUUGGUGUGGUUGAGAAGUUCAAAGUGCCCCCUGAGGUUCUAACCAGAUGGAUGUACACAGUCAGGAAGGGUUACAGAGACAUUACUUACCAUAACUGGAGGCAUGGCUUCAAUGUGGGUCAGACCAUGUUUUGUUUACUUCAGACUGGAAAGCUGAGAAAAUACUAUUCAGAUCUUGAUGCCUUUGCAAUGGUGGCGGCUGCUUUUUGCCAUGAUAUUGACCACAGGGGUACCAACAAUCUCUACCAGACAAAGAGUGCUUCACCUUUGGCCAAACUUCAUGGGUCCUCUAUUCUGGAGAGACACCAUCUUGAAUAUAGCAAGACUCUUAUGGCACAUGAGGACCUAAACAUUUUUCAGAAUCUACAGAAACGUCAGUUUGAAACAGUACAGCAUUUACAUGAUGUCUGCAUCAUUGCCACUGAUCUGGCUUUGUAUUUCAAAAAAAGAACAAUGUUCCAGAAGAUUGUUGAUGCCACAGAAACAAUGACAGAGGAGAAGGAAGCCACUAACUAUAUAUCCAACAAUCCCAUUAGGAAAGAAAUCAUCAUGGCAAUGAUGAUGACUGGCUGUGACCUGUCUGCCAUCACAAAACCAUGGGAGGUCCAGAGCAAGGUGGCUCUGAUGGUGGCUGCUGAAUUUUGGGAGCAGGGAGACCUAGAGAGGUCUGUACUGGAGCAAGAACCUAUUCCCAUGAUGGACAGGAAGAAGGCGGAUGAGCUGCCCAAGAUGCAGUGUGGCUUCAUUGAUUUUGUCUGCUCAUUCGUGUACAAGGAAUUUUCAAGAUUCCAUAAGGAGAUCACGCCCAUGUUUGAUGGUCUGAACAACAACAGAACUCACUGGAAGGAGCUGGCGGAUGUCUAUCAAGCCAAAUUAGAUGCCAUUGCAAAUGACAAGAAGAAAGAGGAGGACAAAAAUGCACCACCAGAAGUUACUGAAGGAGGGAAGUCCAAAACAUGCACCAUAUUUUAACAAGAACCAUUGGACAAAGAGUCUGAGCAACCAGUGGAAUGAUGUGUGACAGGUGGAAGGUCUUUUUGGACCUCAGGAUUCACCAUUUUUGGUUGUUUUCCUUCUUUUGUGGAACGGGUGUCAACACACAGAACACCAGGAAAACCUGAAU